CCCACAUCUGGCUGACCUGCCGACUGCAGACCCUUCAUCCUUAUCUUGAUCAGGCACUUUCUCCCUCACAGUCUUACUACAAACAUUACUGAGAAUCAUCCCAGGUGCCUCACUGUAACAAUGAUUCAGCUGACAGCUACCCCUGCAAGUGCACUUGUUGAUGAACCCGUGCACAUUCGUGCUACUGGCCUGUCUCCCUUUCAAGUAGUGAUUCUUCAGGCCUCCCUGGCAGAUGAGAAGGGGAACCUGUUUCAUUCUCAAGCCUACUAUAAGGCCAAUGAAGCUGGGGAGGUAGACCUGCAGCAGGCCCCUUCGCUGGGAGGUGACUACUCUGGAGUCCACCCUAUGGGUCUCUUCUGGUCCCUGAAACCUGAAAAAUUUUUAAUGAAAUUGGUGAAAAGAGAUGUGAUGAAUAGUCCUUUCCUGGUCCAAAUAAAACUUUAUGAUUCAAAUUUGCAAUUAAUGGACAUCGCCACCACUGCUCCAAAAGUCAGCCUGACUUUGGAGAGGUGGUAUGUAGCACCUGGUGUCAAACGGAUCCAAGUUCGGGAAGGCCACCUUCGGGGAGCCCUCUUCCUCCCUCCUGGAGAGGGCCGUUUCCCAGGGAUAAUUGACUUGUUUGGUGGUAUUGGUGGACUGAUUGAGUACCGGGCCAGUCUCCUGGCCAGUCGUGGCUUUGCCUCCUUGGCCUUGGCUUACUUUAAUUAUGAAGAUUUGCCUGCCCAACCAGAAAAGACAGAAUUAGAUUAUUUUGAGGAAGCUGUCAACUUUCUCCUGAGACAUCCUAAGGUCCUCGGCCCAGGCAUUGGCAUAGUUUCUAUAAGCAAAGGUGCAGAGAUUGGACUCUCCAUGGCUAUUCACCUAAAACAAGUCACAGCUACUGUGCUUAUUAAUGGGCCCAACUUCAUACUGAGAAUUCCACAGGUAUAUUGUGGUCAGAUAAGUAAGCCCUUAGCCCUCUCUCCACAAUUGCUGUCCAUCACUGCCUUGGGGUUAGCAGAGUUCCAGCACAGCUUUGAGGAAGCUAGAAGUGAAGCCAGUGAGACUUCUUUUCUCCCCAUUGAAAAGGCCCAGGGACAUUUCCUUUUCAUUGUUGGAGAAGAUGAUAAGAAUCUCAACAGCAAAGUGUAUGCUGAGCAAGCCACCCAACAGCUGAGCAGAUACGGGAAGAACAACUGGACCCUGCUGUCUUACCCUGGGGCAGGCCACCUGUUAGAGCCUCCCUAUUCCCCACUGUGCUGUGCCUCAAAGAUCCCCAGUCUUCACCUGCUCAUGCACUGGGGUGGAGAGGUGAUCCCACAUGCCGCUGCCCAGGAACAUUCUUGGAAGGAGAUCCAGAAGUUUCUCAGGAAGCAUCUUGUUCCGGUUGUGACCAGUCAACUCUGAGAAGAUAUUCUUGAGGAACAGAGCAGCAAUACUUCACUUGAUCCAUCAAUCAA